AUGUGGCAUGGCCUUGAGGAAUUCCUUCCGAUAUGUCUGGCUAGUCCCCGUCAACACGGGGGGGGGCAAAACUUCCAAGAUGCUAUCGCGGUGUGGGUAGAGGAGGCUGAGGAGGAGUCCAAGCUCCUCAAGAGGGCCACCGGCUACCUGCACGACGACCUCACCUGGCUAGCUCUUCAACCGCCCGCGCAGGUCAAGGAGCAGCCCAAGUUCGUGCUACACGAACCUGCGCCUCCCCCAGGGGAAAAGCUACGCCGACUACUUGAGUCGGGGGCCGAAGCCGCAGCCAGGGAAGAGAAGCUCAUGGCUAUCUGGGUCAAAAAGCUACAUGAGGAACUCGUGGCAGCUGAUGCACCCGUCCUUCUCAAGCUACAGGGCAGCCUGGACCCGGACAGAGCCGUCCUGCUACUGGUGGGCUCCACUCGUACGUCCACGCUGAAGCGCUACCUCACUCUCUUCCGACAGUGGCGCUUGUGGUUGGGUGAGGUUAAGCUACGCCUUCCGCCUGGGAGGCCCAUCGACCUCGUCGACCACCUCAUGGCUAGGCGUGACGAACCCUGUGGCCGCACAGUUCCAGAGGCACUACUGAAAGCUAUCGCUUGGAUGGAGAAGGUGGCGGAGUUCCCUUCUGAGGAACGAGCUACCUUUGGGCGUCUAGCCUGGGCGGCCAAGGACAAGCUAGCAGAACAACUCGCUGAAGGAGCUCCCCUGACCAAGCGAGCCCCCAGAUAUCCGAGCUACUUGCUAGCCCAGAUGGAGGCCGUCGUCCUGGAUAAUGGGCAAACCGUUGGAUGGCGAAUCUGGACGUGGGCUAAGCUCCUCAAGAUAUGGGGCUCGCUAAGAUGGUCGGAUCUUCAGGCCAUCAUCCCAGCCGAGCUUGCUAUGGUGGAAGGCCGCUUGGUUACGAUCUUACGUAAGACUAAGACCUCAGGCCCCACUAGGAGGGUAAAGGAGCUGCCCGUCGUCAUCUCGGAGCGGGCGUUCCUCGUGGACUACCGCUGGCUAGAGACGGGCUUCGCUCUCCUUAAGCAGUUCGCCGGCUACAAGCGGGACUACCUCCUCCCGCGCUUGGGCGCCAACGGCGUGCUGGAGGACAAGCUAGCGACCUACGCAGACGCCAUGGUGGCUACAGCUGGCAUCCUGGCCAACUGCCUCAAGCUACCUAGCCAGGUGCUUGGGUUCUGGACGGAGCACAGUGAACGCUCCGUGCUACCGACGGGCCUCUCGUUGCUCAAUGUCCAGCCGGCUGACAAGGACCUGCUAGGGCGCUGGAAACCUGAAGGCUCCGACAUCUACGCCAGAUCCUUCGCGGGUCGCGUGGCCAGAUUGCAGGCCCAGUUCGCCCAGGUAGCUAGGGCACCGGACCGCUACGUCGAGCUCGACGAGCGCGAGAUUGGCCAUGAGCUACAACUGUGGUUGGUGGAAAGGGCUAGGAUGACCUCGGAUGCGGCCGCCGUCAUCAUAGAGCCGCUAGUUCUGCAGUGGAAGAACGCCCCCCUGCACCAGCCCUACGGCUUGCUAGACGUGCCACCGUUGGAGAACAACCCGGCUCCAGUUCCCCCGAGUGUGGCUAGUGACUCGGAUGGCGGCUCAGAGGGCGACCCAGCUACUGUGGCUGCUAAGAAGGCUCGAGUGCACGAGCGGGUGGCCAACUAUGUGGUCGUCGAGUUGCCCGGGGCUAAGUUCCGUCUCCGCAAGGCGGGACGCUAUGGCUGCUGGAUGGGUCGACGUAGGCUUUUCCGUAACUCUGUCGAUUUUCUAGACUCCUAG